UGAACGCGCUCAGCUAGAGAGCAAGAAGCGCGUCCUCUUCUCUGUCUUUCCUGUCCAGUGCCCCAUUCGAAUAGGCACCACCACGUGCAUGCAGUAGUAAUUUGUCUGCUUCUUUUCAACGUCCAUUUCAUUGAAAAACGCCGCUCGCACAAUGGUGAAGUUAGCGAAGGCAGCAAGUAAACAAGCAAACCAGAAGAAAAAAGCCCCUCCGCCUCCCAAGGAAGUGGAUGAUGAAUCAAGUGAAGAGGACAGCGAAGAGGAGGAAAGUCCCCCACCAAAAGUGGUGAAGAAAGCUACACCAGCCAAAGGCGCCAAGGUUAAUGCCAAAAACGGCAAAGCUGCCAAGAAAGCUGAAAGUGAAGAUGAGGAAGAUGAUUCUGAGUCUGAAGAGGAAGCCCCACCCCCUAAAAAAGCCCCUGCAAAAGCAGCUGCAAAAUCCGCACCCGCUGCGGCUGAAGAAUCGGAUGAUGAUGGUAGGUCUUGCCAGUCUGAGGAGGAGCCCCCACCACCCAAGAAAGCAGCCAAGUCUGCUGCAAAGGCCCCUGCCAAGCAAGUGAAGGCCAAACCUGCAAAGGAGCCCUCUGAUGAUGAUGAUGAGGAGGAUGAGGAUGACGAUGAUGAAUCUGAGGAAGAGGCCCCUCCUCCCAAAAAGGCUGCAAAUCAAGUUGCUAAGUCAAAGGCUAAGAAAGCUAAACAACAACAACAACAACAAGAGGAGGAGGAGGAUGAUGAUGAUGACGAAGAAGAUGAGUCAGAAGAGGAAAUGGACACAACACCAGCUCCAGCAGUUGCCAAAGCAAAGAAGGCGGGCAUGGUAAAAGCCAAGGAGGAAUCGGAGGAGGAGGAUGACGAUGACGAAGAUGAUGAUGAGGAAGAGGAGGAGGAUGACGACGACGACGACGAAGAGGAGGAGGAUGAUGAUGAGGAAGCUCCGGUGACUCCUGCUAAGAGGAAGGCAGAUGGCAAGAAGGACACACCUCCUGCCAAAAAGGCCAAGUCAGAAGAAGGUUUCUGUCUGUUUAUUGGCAACCUGAACUCUAACAAAGACUUUGAUGAAAUCAAAAAUGCGGCGAAGAAAUUCUUCACCAAGAAUGACAUUGAGGUUGCCGAUGUCCGGCUAGGUGCAAGCAGGAAAUUUGGCUACGUCGAGUUUUCAUGCGAGGAGGAUAUGCAGAAGGCACUGGAACUCAAUGGCAAAAAGCUUAUGGGUCAAGAAAUUAAGCUGGAUAAGGCUAGAACCAAGGAAAACUCCCAGGACUGCAAGAAAGAAAGGGACUCGCGGACCAUUUUUGUUAAAAACCUUCCCUUUAGUGCCACUGUUGAUGACUUGAAGGAGGUUUUCGAAGAUGCAGUUGAUGUCAGGUUGCCAGUUGGCCAGAAUGGGUCCAAUAGAGGAAUCGCCUACAUAGAGUUCAAAACUGAGGCUGAAGCAGAGAAGAUGCUGGAAGAGGCACAGGGUUCCGAUAUUCAGGGGAGGUCCAUUAUGCUGGACUUUGUCGGAGAAAAAAGCCAAAAAGGAGCAAAGGUCACAGCUGCAGCCAGCAAGACAUUAGUGGUGAAUAAUCUAUCCUUCAGCGCCACAGAAGAGGCCUUGCAGUCCACGUUUGAGAAAGCAGUUUCCAUUAGAAUCCCACAGAGAGAUGGUCGACCCAAAGGUUUUGCAUUUUUAGAGUUUGACAGCGCAGAAGAUGCGAAGGAAGCCUUGGACACACUGAACAACACAGAGAUUGAAGGCCGCUCAAUCCGACUUGAGUUCAGCCAGAACAGCGGGAGGCCAGAAGGAGGCAGGGGAAAUUCUGGUCCCACAAAGACUUUGUUUGUCAAGGGUCUCUCAGAAGAAACCACUGAUCAAACCCUCAAAGAUGCGUUUGAUGGCUCAGUGAGUGCUAGGAUCGUCACAGACAGAGAUACGGGGUCUUCUAAAGGCUUUGGGUUUGUGGACUUUGACAACGAGGAUGACUGCAAGGCAGCCAAGGAAGCCAUGGAGGAUGGUGAAAUCGAUGGUAGCAAGGUGACCCUGGACUACGCCAAGCCCAAGGGCGAAGGUGGUUUCCGUGGAGGGCGCGGCGGAGGCGGUUUUGGCGGCUUUGGUGGCCGUGGCGGCGGCGGCUUUGGUGGCCGUGGCGGCAGAGGAGGUCGCGGUGGCUUUGGCGGCCGUGGUGGCGGCGGCUUCGGGGGCCGAGGAAGGGGAGGUCCUCGUGGAGGUGGACGUGGUGGCGGACGUGGCGGCUUUGGAGGUGGACGAGGUGGUGGAGGAUUUGGAGCCAAGCCCCAAGGGAAGAAAAUUACAUUUGAUGACUAAAUCUUUUUUUCUUUUUUUUGUUUUUUACUUUUUGAAUGGACUCUGGUUUCAUCAGUUUUCAGAGCUUUUGGACAUUCCAGAAAGCGUCAUUGAUAAAUAUUUAACUGUUAACGGGCAUUUUAGCCCUUGUAUUUAGGAUCCUCCAACUUUACCCGCCCUCUGUGCCAAAGUGGUACAUUUGACUUUUCGACUCACAUGAGUACUGAAUGUCCGGAAUUAAACGCCUGCACCCCUCCACCUCUUCAGUUUGUAAUUCUAAAAGAAAGACGGAACGGGUCUGGAUCUGUCAAAACAAGUUUGCUGUGAAAACUGAGGCUAGAUUCCCCCCACUGCCCCUUCCGAUACAUGUAUAAAUUAAACCGUUUGUAUAAUUUCUAUUUUACCGUUUUGUAAAGAACUACACGUGUAUCCACAUUUUCGUUUUGUCAUUUAGUUUGCUUUAGUCUUACUGUAAUGUGUAAAACAUUUUGUUAGGAUUCAGUCCUCCAGAGUUUGGUGUAAUGGCGAUGAUAUUGUCGGGAUGUGCUCUGUUCAAGAUGGAAAAUGACUGCACCUCUCAAUUGUGUAACAUAUUUGUAGUGUGUUGACUUGUUUCCCCAUCAGAGAAUCAAAUCUUCUCGAUGAAUAAACCUUGAAGGUGGUGAUUUUUAAA